GCGUGAAUUGAAUGACUACAUCUUGGUAGUCGAAGAACUUUGGAUUGUGUGGUUUAAGCCUGUAGUAAUUUUGUUUGAGAUCGAAAAGUAAUUGUAAACACUAAACGAAGCAUGUUUACGUACAUUGACGAUCGGCAAUGAUGGAUGAGCAUAUAUUAUUACAUCCAGAGUUACUGGACGAAGAUGAGCUCUACCGGAUACUUAAGGAUAGGGGAGUGCGGAUGGACUACGGAAUAUCAAAGCGUAAGCUUCUUGAUGUUUUUCAUAGACUGUGUGUUCCUCUGCCACAGAGGCAAUACAAGCUUUCUCGAAGAGGAAAGGAAUUAACAAAAAUGCGUGAAAAGCAAGAACAGGAAAAGGCAAAGCAAAGCACGUCUGUUACAAACAAUAGUCCAUCAUCAUCAUCAGCAUCAUCCUUGUCAUUAUCGUCGUCAUCAUCAACAAUGCCAUAUUCAAAUCGUCAGAAACAGCACUCUGACCAUACAGGAAAGGAUCGUUUAAAACCACCUCCAGAUCUUACUCAGAGUAAAAAGAUCAAGUUGAACACCAGCACCUCCACAUCUGGAAGCAGUAAAGCAAGUAAUGGAGGUGAUAAUUUCCUUGACAAAAUAAUCAUUAAAAGUAAAUCAACUGACAAGAAAGCUGAUGAUGUAAAAGUAGAGAAGAGCCAAAAUGAAGAACAAAAUGCAAAGAAGGAUGUUUUUUCAGAACCUACUAAAGCAAAAAAGAUAACACUGAAGAGACCUGUUAUUGAAAUGGAAGAGGAGCGAAACACAGACGCAGUGUCAGAGGGAACAAAGCCAAAAAAGGUCAGGCAGAAGAUUAGUUGGCCGUAAAAAUAGGAAAAGAAGCUAUUUUUAUCAUCAGUGCCUACCAUACUUCUCCCCGAAGAGUCUGAUAAUGCUAUAAUGUUAUGAAGAUAGAGUAUUCAGGAAAGCAUGUAUGCUUCAUAUACAUAAUUAAAUACAUACAGUUCA